AUGCCGACAACGCUCGAGUGCGGGCUUUCAUUACGGCCGUCGGUGGAGUUACGGACUUUGGAUGAGUUAAGGUUAAUAAGAUGGCGGGUGCAAUCGAGUUGUACUCGUGAGUUCGGACGAAAUGCGCAGCGUAACUCCUCGACUAUAAAGCAAACCCACAGACCUUGUCGGAAACUGUCCACGACGGCGAUUAAACUCCAAAACAAACACAAAAUGGCACCAAAAUAUAUCAAUAAGCUCGAGGGUAAGUCCGUUCUCGUUGUCGGCGGCACAUCGGGCAUAGGAUUCGCCGUCGCGGAAGCCAGCGUCGAGUACGGAGCACAUGUCGUCGUCGCCAGCCGCAGCCAGGAGAACAUCGACAACGCCAUCAAAAGACUCAAGACAUCCUACCCUGAUGCUGCGGAUAGGAUCCGUGGUCACACGGUAGACCUCCACAGUGAUGACAACGAGACCAGCAUCACGCAGCUGUUUGACUUCGCUACCUACGGCGGCAAGAACUUGUUGGACCACGUCGUCGAGACCGCCGGAGAAGCCUUAAACGGCUCUCUUCUGCUCCAGGAAGCAACUCCCUAUAACAUCUCCGAGGUCAACAAGACUCGCUUCGUCGGCGCCAUCAUUCUGGCAAAGGUUGCCGAUACCUAUCUUAAGCGGGAGCACACUUCGUCGUUUACAAUGACGAGCGGCGUGGCGUCGCAUAAGCCGUGGGCUGGCUGGAGUGUACGGGCGGCUGUUCUCGGUGCCAAGGAAGCUUUAACGAAAGGCCUUGCGGUCGAUAUGAAGCCCGUGAGAGUCAAUAUUGUCUCGCCGGGUUCUGUCAAGACUGAAUUGUUCGACCAUGCGAUCAAGAGCCUCGGGGACGACCAGGAGAAAGCAAUGCAGAUGUUCAGCGGUGGCACGCUUUUGAACAGAAUUGGAACCCCUGAAGAUUUGGCAGAGGCUUACCUGUCGCUGAUGAAGAACUACUUCAUUACUGGGACAACAAUUCACGUUGAGGGGGGUCAACUGUUGAAAUGA